AUGGGCAGUAAGCCGUCGUCGGUGCCCAAGGAGGGCGAAGGGCACCCGGAGGUGUUCUACCGCGGCGUCCAGGCCGCGCGAGAAGGCCGCUUCACUCUGUCGGAGGUGUACUUUGACCAGGCGCUGACACGGCACCCCGGGCGGCACUUCUGGGACAGCUUCACAAAUGCGGUGCUGCAGAAGGAACGCAGCGCGUGCCCCGAAGGCGGCGGGACGUCACCGUCGAGGGGGGACGCGGAGAAGGUCGACACCGAUCCGGGCGUUGGCGGGCUGCUGAAUCCGUGGGGUGAGGCACAGCCGCCGAGCGCGUUUGGUGGUGGGAUGGACAGGGCAGACGACCUUGCCGGCGGUGAGAACAUCCGGGCCGAGAAUGGGCAGGGCGGGCUGCCAGGCAGCGGCGAUGACGGCGACGCUGCGGAGCUGGCGGACGCGAUGGCAAGCGACGCACAGCCGACGCACGGCACCAAGGUGGCUGACAUCUACCUGCCGCUUGACGGCGACCUGUUUCACGUCAUGGACUACUACCGCCUGCUGGCUGACAUUGGUCACACGUACCUGCAGCUCAUCCCCUCCACAGCGUAUGUGGAGAAGGUCACCGGGCUGGCCGCGCGCUACUGCCUCUUCACCAUCAGCCACACCCAGAUUCUGCUGCACUGCCUGGCGCUGUGGAAGGAGGCCAAUCUUGGCGACGGCGGUGGCUUCAUCGACUACGAGAAGCGGCGCAACCUGAAGUUAGGCUCGGAGCACUACACGGACUUCAGCUCUGACCCGCAAAGCUCCGAUCGACGAGGGCAGAAGUGGCGCACGAUGGAUCGCACGGCGUCGCUGUUUUUCACUCUUGGGCUGCUGGAGGCAAACUGCCGCUACUAUUGCCUCUCCUUCCUUGUGAACUACUGUAGCCUGCUGCUGCGGAGCUAUAGUGGCCUGACUGAGCAGAGGAAGAUAAAUCGUGUCUAUGCAAACAUUGUGGAGCACCUGGACGUGGCGAAUCGGAUGGUGUUGGACCUUGCGAACGACUACCCGCACGAGUACCUGAGUCAUCUGAUCAUGGAAAACGUGCCGAGGCCGUUGAGUGGCGACCGGGAUUUUCACAGCUCGAUGGGGGCCAGCUCCCACGCGGGCAGCCGGAACAUUCUCUCCCUUGGCAGCGAUCAGCACCGCCACCUGUAUGCCUCUGGCUGCCCGUGGACACCUACGCAGUCGGCGCUGAUUCCGCUGAUCCUGCUUCGCAGUAUUCGUCUGAGCGUUCAGGAGACUGUGAGCCGCACCGCGCAAGCGCAGCUGCGCUCUCCUGCGCAGCGCCUGACCUACCAUUACACGGGGGGAACUUCAAACUGGACUGGGAAUCGUGCCGGGGUGCAUCUGGAAAUGCUGCGGAAAUUCCUGCCGGGCUUUUUGCCGGGAAAAACCUUUGGCGCCCCCAAUUCCCCUGGGAGAGGAGGGGGAUUCCCCUGCCAAAAGAGGGGGGGGGCGCCCCUU